GGAUCAUGAACCAGCCUAGGCACCAGGCGUGUGAAAUCAGAUCAGUAGAUAAGUGUUUGAACAAGAAUCUUGGCACUGCCAAUUGCAAAAGGCCCUUGGAAACUGCCCAGUACCACUCAUCGACCUGUCCAUCUCCUUCUAAGCCUCGAGUUUCACGUUUGAGAUGUCUUCUAACGAUGAUCAGGAUGAUCUGAAGCCCUCUGCCACCCCAGGCUACAAGCCAACUGGCACUGCAAAAACAGCAGAUGAAUAUGCCCAACUGGACGCAGAAGACGAGAGCUUGGCACGGUGGAAAGCCAGUCUUGGUAUCACGGCUGGAGUGUCAACUGGGGACACCUCAGGACCAAGAGUGACAGUUCUGACCCUAGAGCUUGAUUCACCCACACUGCCUCCUGGCAAGACGCUUGUCUUUGAUCUCAAUGACGCUGCCAAGUUGGCCGAUACGAAGAAGAACCCAAUCAUCAUCAAGGAAGGUGUAGAAUAUAACGUUCGGAUCACGUUCAAGGUGAACCACUCAAUUAUCUCUGGUGUACGAUACAUCCAGCUAGUCAAACGCGCUGGUAUCAAAGUGGACAAGCUCGAGCAAAUGCUUGGGUCAUACGGUCCCCAGGCAGAACCAUACACGAAGAAUUUUGAUGUAGAAGAAUCGCCGUCGGGGCUUGUGGCACGUUCAGGAUCGUACAAUGUCAGAAGCCGUGUUGUGGACGACGAUGGAGAAGUAUACGCAGACUGGGAGUGGUCAUUCAAACUUGCCAAGGAGUGGUGAAUGAAGACUUCUCGCCUUAUCAUUUUAUGACCUUUGUUGCAUUACCCUAUGGCAUCAUUUCGCAUAUCAGCUCUCGUAUCUCCCUGGAUGUACCUUUGUACCCUUUCGAACAGUCCCGCCGACAUCGAGUGGCUGCUGAUCCAG